GUGAUAAUGAAAGUGGGAAGACGACGUUGAUCGCCAAACUGCAAGGAGUGGAAGACCCGAAGAAGGGCUCUGGUUUAGAGUUCGCGUACAUCGACGUGAGGGACGAUUACAGGGACGAUCAGACGAGAUUGUCCGUAUGGGUGCUGGACGGUGAUCCCGGUCACGCGAAUCUGCUGCGAUUCGCGUUGAACGCAGAGAGAUUCCCGCACACUCUGGUAAUGUUAGUAGCUGCGAUGACGACUCCAUGGGCUAUUCUCGACCAGCUUCAAUCCUGGGCCGCUCUUCUAGCGGACCACAUCGACAAACUGUCUUUAGACAACGAAACAUGGCAACAGUGCAGGCAGAGAAAUAUUCAGAAAUGGGAGGAGUACACAGAGCCUGGGGACGAAUUAGAUCCUGGUAACCCUUUAAGACGUACCAGUCGUAAUCUGGACGACGAAACCAUGGACACUCUGCCGUUACUGGAAGGCAUCGUCACUACAAACUUAGGCCUAGACAUCGUCGUCGUUAUAACAAAGACCGAUUACAUGUCUACUCUCGAGAAGGAACACGAUUACAAAGACGAGCAUUUCGAUUUUAUACAACAGUGGAUCAGACGAUUCUGCUUCCAAUAUGGCGCCGCGCUGUUUUAUACGUCAGCGAAGGAGGAUAAGAACUGUGAUUUGCUUUACAAAUACUUAACGCAUAGGAUCUACUCGUUGCCCUUCAGAACGCCUGCGUUGGUCGUCGAGAAAGACGCAGUCCUCAUCCCUGCUGGUUGGGACAACAUGAAGAAGAUCAGCAUCCUUCACGAAAACUUGCAGUCGAUGAAGCCUGAUGAUUAUUACAGAGACGUGAUUGCGCAGCCAUCGACGAACCGAAAGGUACAAUCAAUCACGA